CUGACUCCAUCUGCCUUCCUGAAGGAGAUGUCUCUUACCACCGAGCAGAGGCUGGCCAGCACUCGCGAGAUGAGGCAGCCCCGGAUUAUCCAGCUUCUAGACAUGAGCGAAACCUCCCAUCAAAAGUUCUCAACAGUUGACCUGGAACAGAGCUUGUUUCAGCCUUUCCCAUCAGAGGUGGUAUUUCAGAGCUACGUCCCCUGCGAGGUCUACGAAGUGCCUCUGAUUCUGAGGAACAACGACAAGGUUCCUCGUCUGGUGAAGGUCAUCUUGGAGAGCUCUCCUUAUUUCAAGUUGAUCAGCCCCAAUGCUGUGUGCCGAAAGGUAGCACCUGGCAUGCCUUCAACUUUCCGCAUCCUUUUCACCCCUGAGGAGAACAAGGAUUACUUCCACCAGCUCACCUGCAUCACAGAAAGGGAAAAGUUUAUUGUGCCGAUCCGAGCUAUAGGUGCCCGAGCUAUCCUGGACUUCCCUGACCAGCUGAACUUCUCCGUCUGUCCGGUCAAGUACAGCACUCAGAAGACUCUGCUGGUUCGCAACGUCGGUAAUCGGGAGGCCCGCUACUGCAUCAGCACUCAGAGCCCUUUCUCUGUCGAUCCCUCCAUCGGGACUCUUGGGAUUGGAGACACCAUGCAAGUAGCAGUGGAGUUUCACCCGCUGAAGACCGGGGAUCAUUCCAGAUCCCUGAUAGUUCACUAUGACACAGGUGAAGAUAUUCACACAAGCCUUUACGGAGCAGCUGUAGAUGUCAACAUCAGGCUAGACAGGAACUCCUUGACAGUUGAGAAGACUUACCUCACGCUGUCAAACCACAGAUCCGUGGUCAUCCACAAUCGGAGUGAAAUCAUAGCCCACUUCCAGUGGAAGGUUUUUGUUACUCAGGAAGAGGAGGAUCAGCAGAAGCUGAGGCUGUGUCGCAGGCUGCAGAGGCAGGAAGAGGACGAGACGGAUUAUUUUCUCAAGGAGUGCGCGGUGGACCCCACUCUCCGAGAACGCCUUUCCCUUCUCUCCCGCACCUUCCAGAACCAGAGGGCAAAGGUGCAAGGAGACUCCAUGCUUUUCUUUGAUGAUAUCUUCACCAUUGAGCCGGUGGAGGGAGAUGUCUGGCCAAAUUCUUCGGUUGAAAUUAAUGUGAUCUUUAAACCCCGAGAAGCCAGAGUCUAUCAACAAACGGUCUACUGCGACAUCUCAGGCCGAGAGACCAGGCUGCCCCUGCGCCUCAAAGGGGAAGGCAUCGGGCCCCGGCUCCGCUUCAGCUUCGACCAGCUGGACAUCGGGAAGGUUUUUGUUGGCUCAGCCCACAGCUAUGAGGCGAUCCUGUUUAACAAAGGAGCCAUCGAUGCUCCCUUCAACUUGGUCCCUCCAGCCACAGCUCUGGGCUCCUGCUUCACCUUUCUCCCCCGGGAGGGCAUCAUUUUGCCGGACGAGCUCCAAGUCAUCCAGAUCUCCUUCAGUUCCACCAUUCUGGGGCAGUUCACAGAAGAAUUUGGGUUCAGUGUGAAUGGAUCACCUGAGCCUGUGACCUUGACUAUCAGGGGCUGUGUCAUCGGACCGACUUUUCACUUCAACGUACCUUCCCUCUGCUUUGGUGACGUCUCCUUUGGCUUUCCUCGCACCUUGUCGUGUUGCCUCACCAACACCUCUUUGGUGCCCAUGACUUUCAACCUCCGCGUUCCUGGGGACGGCUCGGGAGAGCCCAGUGUUACCAGUUUUGUUCAGAUGUCGGACAACACUCGCCCAUCCUGGAGAAAGGGAGCCCAAGGUCACGUCAAGCCAACCGAAUUUACCGUAAAGCCCUGCAGAGGGACCAUCCGCUCCCAGGGCCUCCUGGAUAUCCAGGUCACCCUGUGUUCCAACACUGUGAAGAGAUACGAGCUGGCACUGGUGGUGGACGUGGAUGGUGUUGGCAAGGAGGUGUUGGCACUGCUUCUCACAGCCAGAUGCGUAGUUCCUCCGCUGCGAGUGCUCAACCCCAUGGUGACGUUUGGACGGUGCUUUCUAAAAUUCCCUUAUUGGCAGAUGCUGACCCUUGUGAAUGACAGCGAUCUUCCAGGCUGCUAUGGGGUUCUUCCUCAGGAGCACCAGGAGGAUGCUGCUGUGUGGUACUCCAGCCCCGUGCCGUGUGGGAUCAUCCAGCCUCGCAGCUCGGUGGAGGUCCCAUUUACACUGGAAGUCCAGGUGACGGGAGAGCAGGACGCUGUGGCUCAUGUCGCGGUGUUUGGGAGUGACGGAUCCCCACUGAAAAUCCAUUUAAUGAGCAUUGGAGAAGGACCGGUUGUCUACGUGCAUCCGAGUAAGAUCAAUUUUGGCACUAUCCAAGUUCUACAAGAUGCUUCCCGAACUCUCCACCUCUCCAAUCAGGCUGUCAUCCCUGCAUCCUUCUGGGCAGAGAUGGCUGACAAAUGCUCGCGCUGGAGGAUUGAACCCAGUAAAGGAGUGAUCCCGCCUGAGACCGAGGUGUCUGUGACUGUCAUAGCAAACUUGGACGACACUGAGAAAUUCAAGGACGAGGUGAACCUGUUCAUAGAGAACAGCCAUACCUCCGUCAUCCCUGUCCGGGCUGUCGGCGUCGGCACCACGAUCGUCACUGACAAACCCUUUGCUCCGGAGCUCAACUUGGGACCCCACUUCAGCCUGGAUCCUUGCUGUUACCACUUCAAGAUAACGAACAAAGGACGGCGCACCCAUCAGCUCUAUUGGACAACGGAAGGUUUUGCCCCAUUUCGCCAGCGUGAUCAUCUCCCUGCCAUCAGUAACACCAAGGGCAAAGAUUCCUCCCAGAACCCCAAACCUGCCUGCCCUGUGUUUAAGCUUCGACCGCUGAGGAUGGAGCUGAUGCCGGGCAAGACUAUGGAGAUGGUGCUGGAAGGUUCCUCCAGCACUCCACAGGUAGUGAAGGAGCGGCUGCUGUGUCAUGCCAUCGUGGGGAGCAAGGCAGGGAAGGCACAGAUAAUGCAAGUGGAUAUCACGUGCGAGUUCGUUGCUCCCGUUCUGCAAAUGUCCUCCAGAGAAAUCAUUUUCCGGGUGGAGAAGCAACCCAGUGAUGUCCUCACUCUUCAGCACAAGCCUCUUUCUUUAAAAAACAUCUCCUCCCUGCCACUCAGCGUUGUCCUGGCCUUAGAGCAACCCUUCUUAGUCUGCGAUGCGGACCGGCAGCCCCUGCCCGCAGACGUUCAGCCCAUGAAGCUGGAGAUAGGGGAGGAACUUCAUCUCUCCAUCAGAUUUAACCCUGCUUACGAAGAGGAUUUGAAUAUCUGGGUAGCAGAGAAGGCUCUGAAGAUACAGUUUCUCGAGCAUCCUCAUGAGGAGCAGGUCACCGUUCGGGGAGAGGUUUACUUUCCGAAUCUCCGUAUCCAGACCAUGGCCCUGGACUUUGGCUGCAUCUUGAAUGACACUGAAGAUGUGCGUUCCAUCGAGAUGACCAACUGCAGCCCCCUUCUUGCGCAGUACCACUGGUCGUUCCUGACAGACAGCCGCACGCACCAGAUGAGGUUCAGCCCUCUAACGCCUAAAUUUUUCAUCAAACCCCGACCACCGAAGGAGGAGGGAGCCUGGUCGGAGCGCUCGGCGUCUGCAGAAAGCAGCUCCAGGGAUGGGGGUGCGCAGGAAGCCCUGGGAGCAGCGGAUCCUGCCCAAGAGCCAGCAGACGCAGACGACUCCCUGGAGGCAAAGCCGCUACCAUCCACUGCUGCGGAGCUGGAAGGUGCCGCGGAGACUCAGAGCCUGGUGAGGAUCAAGGAAUUGAUGCAUUUCACGGAGACAGAGCCCCUUGCCUUGGGGGUGGAGGAGGUUUUCGACGUCCUGCCGCUGUAUGGCGUGCUGCAGCCGGGCGAGAGCCAGCGGGUCACGUUCACCUUCUUUGGCCACGCGAACAUCGUCGCCCGCGUCGUUGCGGCGUGCAGGGUGGAGGGAGGCCCGACCUACGAGAUCGUGCUGAGUGGGGAGGCUUCGCUCAUCAACUACCUCCUAGACAUCACGGAGAUCGACUGCGGGCUGCAGCUGUUUAACGAAGUCACCGAAGCAGAGGUCACCCUGCAGAACAGCGGAAAGGUGGGAUUCACCUACGUGGUGCUAAGCCCCAGCGCGGCCGCUGCAGACGGCCCUCUGCCCGGCGUGCCCCUGGUCGUGCCCAGCACGGUGAGUACGGAGGUAGCACAG